AUGGAAAGAAGAAAAAAUUGUUUGGAAACACUGCACUGCAAUGAACAUCACUUGGCACCUCUCAGUUUAUCACCUCAAUCACCACCAGAUAUGAUUCCGAAGAUUCCGUCACAGUAUUUAUCAUUUGCGUUAGGGUUUCUGCUUUGCGCUACAAUCCCUUUCGUUCACGCUGAGUCGUCCACGUGCUUGACGAUCUACAAGAACGGUGGUGCUCCGGCGGUGUUCCAGUCCCCAAAAUGCCCCCGCUGGAAGCUCUCCGACUACGAUUCUCCUCCCCAAACCACCGCACGAUGCCAGAUUGCGAUGCUCCAAGGCCGCAGAAAGUCGCAAGAGGAUCGCGCUCUCUGUGUCCUCGAUGUUCGCAUUCCCUUCCCCGGUGCGAACGGGAUCAAGGAGGUUCCGGUCGGCGUUGUGGCCGUUUUCGACGGUCAUAAUGGUGCAGAAGCUAGUGAAAUGGCGUCGAAGCUUUUGCUGGAGUAUUUUGUUCUGCAUACGUAUUUUCUUCUCGAUGCCGCCUUUUCUGUUAUUUCGAAGACGUCAUCAGAAACAUUGCUUCACAAGAGAGACCAUGAUCAUGUAAACGUACUGCAUAGAUGGAAGGAGAUUCUAGGUUUGGAAUGGCAUGAACUGCAUUUUGAAAGAGUUGCUUCCUUGGUUUACAAGUUUCAGAACACCUUUUCUCCAAAUUUUGAUGAUUCUUUUCACUUGGAAAUUUUGAAGGAAGCGUUGUUGAGAGCAGUCCAUGACAUUGAUGCUAAUUUUUCUGAGGAAGCCUCUAGAAAUAAUCUUCACUCAGGAUCGACAGCUACCAUUGUUUUGAUAGCGGAUGAUAAAAUUUUGGUUGCCAAUAUUGGAGACUCUAAGGCCAUCUUGUGCUCUGAAAAUUUUCAGACUCCUAGAGAGGCUAAAGGUGAGAAAGAUUAUGAAAUGCAGAAAGAGCGCGACAGUUCUGUUUCCAUGUGGGAUCGUGAAAAGUACAAAUUGGCUUCGUCGCAUGGUCUCACUCAUUUUGCAGUAAAGGAAUUGACCAGUGAUCAUCAUCCAGACAGAGAUGAUGAAAGAAUUCGGGUGGAAACAGCUGGUGGUCAAGUUCAAAAUUGGGAUGGUCUGCCUCGCAUAAAUGGUCAGCUGGCUGUUACACGGGCUAUUGGUGAUGUACCCUUUAAAAGUUAUGGUGUUAUAUCUGCACCAGAAGUGACUGAUUGGCAGCCUCUGACAGCUAAUGAUAGCUAUUUGGUGGUAGCAUCAGAUGGUGUAUUUGAGAAGAUGAGCUUGCAGGAUGUUUGUGAUUUGCUGUGGGAAGUAAGCCGUUUCAGUAACAUGAGAUCAGAGUGUACCCCUUCUUCCUAUUCGUUAGCUGAUUUAUUAGUUAAAAAUGCCCUCAAAAAGGGCAGCAUGGACAAUGUAGCAGCUGUUGUCAUUCCUCUGAAAUCUGUCAAAUCUUCAGGAAACUUGCUUGGGGGAAGUUAUAUUGGAAAGAGGGAUGCAGGUUUCCCAUUAUUUGGUUUUCAGGAAACGGCCUUCAAAAGCUCAGACUUGACAUGUGAUGAAGCAGCUUCAAUUGAUUGUUCGCUGCUUCUAGCCGCAUCUUCUCAAUCUGCUUUUGGUUCUGCAGAUAUUGAUUCACUAGUUCUUCAACCACCGCUUUCAAUUUGUUCUUCCUGGGAGACAUUCUCUAGCCAGCACAUUAUGUAUGCUUCUGUUAAUACUCAUGAUAUUAGCUAUGGAAUCUCUAAUGACAUUGCUACUAAUCUUAUGCACUUGGAGCACCCCCAUCUGGUAGAUACCAAUUUUAAGCGAAUAUUGGUUCAAGUAAAAGAUGGCGAUGUUGGCUGUUUUUAUUUAUCUGAAAAUCUUGAUGAACCAGAGGACUCCAAGCAGAUUGCCAAAAAAAUUGACUGGGAUGACUAUUUGUAUGAACUACCUCCGCCUUUACCAGAUGCCCUUCAUCAACAUGCCACUUCAGGUGGUCCUGUAAAUUUAUACGAUAAUAACCAAAACUUUUGCUUUCACCUUGGUCCAACUGUUAAUGAAACUGAAGACCAAUGCAUAAAUCCUGAAGGCUUUGCCAGUUUCAUUGGUCUUCUUGAAUCAAUUCCUUUACAUGAUAGUGAUUCCAGUAAUGGGUCUACAGAUUAUUCAAUGCCGGAUUUGAAGUAUGAGUUGAAGAAGAGUUUUGGACGUGGAUCAUUUGGUGAAGUAUGGUUGGCUUUUCAUUGGAAUUGUAAUCAACAUAGUAAUGCUGCAAAAAUGAGCAAGGAUGUCACAAAUACAACCAGCAGCUCAACUGCCUCUGAUUGUCAGGAUGGAUGUGCUAGAUUACUUGACCUGAGAGGAAGCUGCUUGUUUUAUUCUUUUACUGGUUUGUCAUUUGUUCCUCUUCAGCUUCUGCUGAAUGCUUUGGAUCUUGGAGUAGCUCAGUCCUCCGUCCCUUAUUUUAAGAGGAAGCUCUGUUUUCAGGAGGUGGAGAGGGGGUCAGCUGUUUACUUAAGUGGGCUGAGAGAGAAGUACUUUGGAGAAAUUUUCUUAAAUGCCUCGACAUGCUUUGAAGAUUCACUAUCAGCUGGAAAAUCAAACUGUGUCUUGGAAACAUCAUCACAGUUUGGUCCUGAGAAAUCAUUUCCAAACAAAUUUUGGCUACGAAGAACCCCAUAUGAAGAAGGUUUGAACCAUAUUGCAAGAUAUGUGGAGUCUUUUGAGUCUCUUGCAAAUGAAAUUUGGCUUGUAUUUAGUUAUGAGGGUGUGUCAUUGUCGAAACUUCUAUAUACCGGGGAAGACACAUAUGGUACUGCUGAGCAAGAAAGACUUGAGCAAGCUAAACAUGCUAAGAUACUGCGUCCAUCAAAUUGGUGGCAUUGGUUGAAAACAACAGAAGAAGGGCAAGCGGAAAUGCGCAACCUUAUCUGGCAGCUGGUAUGUCUUAAGUGUAGGUUCUAUGAGGGAUUGACCUGA